AUGAAACUAUUUAUCCAAGGCACUGCAAUCCUCGCCCUUCUUAUAGCCAAUGCAUCGGCCGCACAGAGUGGCAUUUUUGCCGCAAAUGGCGUCGAGCUCGAAGUUUACCAAUCCGGCGAGGAUAUCAUCUACGGAGAGCCUGCGAGAGAUCUUGAGGGCCGAGCAACCAAUGCGUGCACCAAAUGUGUGGGCCACCAUGGAAGCUGUGUUGUUGGCGAGGGUAACUGCUAUGCUCCUGAUACAUGUGCAUUCUGUGGUGGUUGUUCUGUCAACCAGGCUCGUUGCCAGAACCCCAAGAAGGAAGGCUGUCAGUGCUAUACAUGA